UUUCGAGGGGGUGAUCUGGCGUUUUUAACCCGUCACCACCUGGCAGCACUGGUUGAGUCGUCGUUUCUUGGGUUUCUCGGCCAUUUUCUGCCUCUGCCUUUGCGACCACGCUGGAAAAGCAGCAUUCAAGCCACGCGCCGAACACAAAGAAAUCCAUCGAGUUCGCGAUGAAUCAAGAGAAGUUGAAGCAACUGCAGGCCCAAGUCCGCAUUGGCGGCAAGGGCACCGCCCGCAGGAAGAAGAAGGUGGUGCACCGUACGGCCACCACCGACGACAAGAAACUCCAGUCUUCCCUCAAGAAGUUGGCCGUGAACUCCAUCCCCGGUAUUGAGGAGGUGAACAUGAUCAAGGACGAUGGAUCCGUGAUUCACUUCAACAACCCCAAGGUGCAAGCUUCGCUAGCAGCCAAUACGUUUGCUGUCACCGGACACGCCGAAAAUAAACAGAUCACCGAGCUUCUUCCCGGCAUUCUGAACCAAUUGGGCGCCGAGAGUCUCACCCACCUGAAGAAGCUUGCCUCCUCGGCUACGGGAGCCGGCGAAGGCCAAGACGCCAAUGACGACGAUGAUCUGCCCGAAUUGGUCGAGAACUUCGAUGAGGCCUCCAAGAAUGAAAGCAAAGUGCAAGACGAUAGGGACGCCUCCACUAAGUUGUAACCAGAUCUGAGGGUAUAGUGGAUAAAGAUGACGAAAACAAGGAGAACAAGGAGGGUUAGUUAAAUGAUGUAUGUCUUUGACAUCGAUGACACCUACAUCAGCAGACCAGUCCCACUCAUCUCGCAAUGACGUCCUCUGUAGUUUUGAUACUUUUCUUCAUUCACUCUCAACAUCGAGAACUCAAAAAACACCAACAUCUCCUUUCUGCGUGUUCGCGAAUCACCAAAUCACACUCGUAUUUUGUAUCGUCUCUCCCCGGAUUUAAUGGCCAAUGGUUGUCUCCCGUGUUGCCACAAGCCAUGUUAGACUUGAAUCGGCCAUAUUUCGACGCAAGUCCUCCCAUUGAUUCUUGGCCCUCUCAAGCCAAAGUUUAACGAGAUGAAACAACUUAUUGAAUGUCAAACUCUGCCUCAAUAAAUGCUAACCUAUGGCGUGGAACAA